UGAAAGAAAUCUUUCUCUUCCCUUGAACUAAUUCGAGAAUUCCACAAUGGCCACGAAGACUCCUUCCACUCGCGAAGAACACGUCUACAUGGCAAAGCUCGCCGAGCAAUCCGAACGCUACGACGAAAUGAUCCAAUUCAUGGAGAAAGUAUCGGCUUACGCCGAAAACGAGGAACUCAGCGUCGAGGAACGGAACCUCCUCUCCGUUGCUUACAAGAACGUGAUCGGCUCUCGCCGUGCUUCGUGGCGGAUCAUCUCUUCCGUCGAGCAGAAAGAGGAGAGCCGCGGUAAUGAGGAUCACGUCGCUAAAAUCCGUGAGUAUCGAGCCAAGAUCGAAUCGGAAAUCUGCUCAAUCUGUGACGGCAUCUUGAAGCUUCUUGACAAAAGGCUCAUCCCUUCGGCUUCCUCCGGAGAUUCCAAGGUCUUCUAUCUUAAGAUGAAGGGAGAUUAUCAUAGGUAUUUGGCUGAGUUCAAGACUGGAGCCGAACGCAAGGAAGAUGCUGAGAGUACUCUCAAUGCCUACAAAUCUGCUCAAGACAUUGCAACCGCCGAGUUGCCCCCAACUCACCCGAUCCGACUCGGACUGGCACUCAAUUUCUCUGUUUUCUACUACGAGAUUCUGAACUCUCCUGAUCGCGCUUGCAACCUCGCGAAACAGGCAUUUGAUGACGCAAUAGCAGAAUUGGAUACUCUAGGCGAAGAAUCAUACAAAGACAGCACUCUGAUUAUGCAACUCCUCCGUGACAAUCUAACUCUCUGGACCUCCGAUGUGCAGGAUGAUGGAGCCGAUGAGAUUAAAGCAGCAGCGAAGGACGAGGGAGAUGAGAAGCAGCCAAAGCAGUAGUCACAACUGACGAGUGACAGACUCUGCUGGCCAUUCGU